AACGUGCUUGCAGACAACACGUGUCUCAUUAGCAGGAAGCCAUUUUGCUCCUAUCUCGAAACGAAGACUCUCAGAACUCAUCUAAGAUGCCACGUGGAAAGGGUUUCCGCCGGUCCCAGGCGGCCAAGAGGAGGAAUGCUGAGCGUUACACACUCGGUUCCUUCAUGGAUGUCAUUGAGGUUAUGCCUCCUUUAAAACAAAAGGCUGCUCCCCACAGCUCUGACAAACAGAGCCAUGAGAACGCUGACAGAGAGAAUGCCGACAGAGAGAACGCUCACAGAGAAAACUGUUUGAAUUGCCGUAAGGCUCCUGAAAAUGUUCCAAACUCUAUCACAAAUGUUCCAAAGUUUGCUACAAGUGUUGCCAAAAGUGUUCCAAAGUCUACCAAAAGUGUUCCAAAGUCUGCCACAAGUGUUACUAAAAGUGUUCCAAAGUCUGCCACAAGUGUUACUAAAAGUGUUCCAAAGUCUGUCACAAGUGUUCCAGUGUCUAGCAAAAGCUGGAGUGAUGUUACCAGAGCUUCACUUGUCAAUAACUCUGGUUAUUUCCCACAGAAAGUCAUACGUGGUUCUUUCCAUCAGGGUGAUGCGCGAUUUGGUUCGAACAGAAACCGUCAGUGUGCAGUGAACAGUAUCACAGCAGUCAUGACGAGUGUGCUGAAGGAUGUGCUGACGUGGACAACAGAGGACCUGAAUGCUGUUCUGUUGCAUGGAGAUGAGCUGUACACAUCAAUGACACUGCAGGGGCAGAUCCACGAUCGAACAGGGCUGGGUCAUAUUUCUGUUGCAGAAAUGCCAAGACUGCACACACUUGAUAACACAACAUUCUCAAUAAAGCAUGGAGAAUCUUUCUGUGGUGUUAUUGGUGUUGAUGUCUAUGAUGAAUCAUUGCGAGAUGUGUCUAUGUCUAUAGAAGAAGCACUUCAAAGGGCUCUGCUUCAGUAUGAUGCAUGUUUGUUAAACAUUAAACAUUACAUUUGUGCAGUCAUAAAGGCAGGGCCAAUAUUUGCUCUAGUGGAUCCCCAUUCACGUAAUGCAUGUAACAUUCAAGUGGAUGAUCAGAGCCCAAGUCGCAAUUUGCGAAAAAGGAAAUUAAAUGACACAGAAGAGUAUACUAAAAGUAAAAGAGAACGUCAGAGAUACCACAGCGACUCCAAUUUCAGACAGAAAAAAAUUGAGAACAUUAGAACGAAAUACUGUGAAGACAGUGAUUACAGGCAGAAAAAGAUUGAGAACAUCAGAACGAAAUACUGUGAAGACAGUGAUUACAGGCAGAAAAAGAUUGAGAACAUUAGAACGAAAUACUGUGAAGACAGUGAUUACAGGCAGAAAAAGAUUGAGAACAUUAGAACGAAAUACUGUGAAGACAGUGAUUACAGGCAGAAAAAGAUUGAGAACAUUAGAACGAAAUACUGUGAAGACAGUGAUUACAGGCAGAAAAAGAUUGAGGACAUCAGAACGAAAUACUGUGAAGACAGUGAUUACAGGCAGAAAAAGAUUGAGAACAUCAGAAAGAAAUACUGUGAAGACACUGAUGAAGUUGAAAAUUGUGAUGAUGAUUUUGAAAUGGAGGAACAAGAUGUAACAGACAAAAAUGAAGAUGACAAAGUAGUUCAAGAUGAUCCAGAAGAAGACAUAACAUAUAUUAAAGAACAAAGUGGUCUUUUGUCAGAUACAUCGCUGCAACCUGUUGAUCUGGGUUCAGAGAUAAUAGAUCAACAUUUUCAUGAUGUGCUGAAUGUAGCACCAGCUGAAGGUAACAGUCCUAUUAGACUGCUAUCCGAUAAAUCCAAUGAGGCAAAGUGUUUCCCUGUUCUCUAUCCUAUUGGUGGCCCGACAUUUCAUGAUGAAAGACCAGAAAAAAUCACAUUGUCAAGAUACCUGAAUGCAAGAAUACUAAAUGCAGAUGGACGUUUUGCACAGAGCACAGACUUCAUUUUUUAUGCACAAUAUUUAUCAGAACUUGAUCAAAUUGUAUCCAAUGUCUCAAUUGCACUGAGGAAAGGCUCUGAGAAAAAUUGCUUAAAAGUAACAGCAGAUAUGCUAACAAACUCUGAUUCCUUGAAAAGAAUAUUAAAUUAUGAUGAAGGAUAUAAGUUCUUAAGACCGGUAAGAGGGACACCUCCCUAUUGGAUGUCUACGCAAAAAGAUCUGUUUGCCCUAAUUAGACAACUAGGCAUACCUACUUUUUUUGCAUCUUUUAGUUCUGCUGAUCUGAGAUGGCCUGAAAUGUUGAACACUAUUAUUAAGCAAGAGGGCAAACAAAUAAAUGUCGAUGAGCUUGACUGGUCUGAAAAAUGUGGACUCAUAAGACGAAAUCCUGUCACUGCAGCAAGGAUGUUUGAUCACAGAUGGCAUUGUUUUCUAAAAAAUGUCAUAAUGUCUCCAGCAAAGCCUAUCGGCGAGAUAAAAGACUACUUUUAUCGUGUUGAAUUUCAACAACGUGGUUCUCCUCAUGUUCACUGUCUGUUUUGGGUGGAAAAUGCUCCGAAGCUCAAUGAUCAUGAUGCAGACAAUGAUGCUCUGGUUGCUGACUUUAUUGACACGUACAUCACUUGUGAGACACCACCAGAAAAUGACACUGUACUUUACGAGACAGUGAACAGUGUCCAGAAGCACAGUACAAGACAUUCAAAAACAUGUCGUAAGAAAAAUACAGUUUGUAGAUUUAAUUUUCCAAGACCGCCAUCUAGUCGGACCUUCAUUACAAGAGAAACCAAUGCAGAUGAGUUAAAAGGCAAGGGUGAAGAUACAACAGCAAGUGCCAUCAUAAAGAAAGUGAAAACCGCUUUAAAUUCAGAUGUGAAUUUUGAUUCGGUUGAUGCCUUUUUUUCAUCUAUUGGGAUUAAUCAAACUAUGUUUGAAAAAGCAUACAACGAAUGUUCCAAAAAGAAAAGUAUUGUCUUAAAAAGAAAUCCAAAAGAUGUUUGGGUAAAUCAGUAUAACAGAGAUUUAAUGCGUGCUUGGCAAGGCAAUAUGGAUAUUCAGUAUGUUACAGAUGCUUUUUCUGUAGUGGUCUACAUACUAAGUUACAUUACAAAAGCAGAACAAGAAAUGGGACUCCUGCUUCAACGUGCGCAAAAUGAAGCGAUGAAUGGAAAUCUUGAAGUUAAAGAAUCAUUAAAACAGUUGGGAAGUAUCUAUCUUCACAACAGAGAAAUUUCAGCUCAAGAGGCAGUGUACAGGCUGACAGGCAUGCAUUUGAAGGAAUGUUCCCGUAAAGUACAAUUUAUUCCAAUAGGACAAAACCCUGUAAAGAUGAGUUUGCCUUUGCAUAUACUCCAAAACAAAAUGGAAAAUGACCAGUCUGAUGAUGAAAGUUAUUUGUGGAUGACAAGCGUCACUGACAGGUACAAGAACAGACCAGAGAAAGAACCUCUGGAAAAUCUAUGUCUUGCCAGUUUUUGUUCGGAGUACAGAGUUCUGACAAAAUCAGAGGUUUCCUCACAAAAAAAAACAGCAGAAAAUGAAAUAAUUAAACUCAAUAACAAUAACGGUCAUGUAAAACGGAGGACACGGACUGAACCUGCAGUAGUGAGGUAUCCAAGAUUUUCUCCCACGAAAGAUCCAGAAAAAUAUUAUCAUUCAUUAUUGCAGCUUUUCUUUCCACAUUAUGAUGACUCUGAUCUGAAGCCUAGCAAGUAUGACACAUAUGAGGAGUUUUACAACAGCGGUGUCAUAAAAAUGGGUUCUGAAGUGAAACAAGUCAAAUUGAUUGUUGACGGCAACAGAGCAUUGUUUGAAAAGGAAAGUGACAAAAUAGACAGAGCUAAACAGCUUUUGGAACAGGAUAUUGAUUUGGAAGAUGCUUGGGCCCAGAUUUGUCCUGAAUCCGAAAAACAGCGUGAUGAAUGCAUCGAACUGAUGAAGGAUAAACUAUUGCUCGAUGAAGAUGACAGUCAAGAACUUAUUCCAGAUCUUACAGCAAACCCUCAAACUGUGUGUACCAUUGAAACAAACCAUACUACAAUGCCUAGAGAGGAGGCACUGCAUUUACUAAGGUCAUUAAACGAGGAACAAUCUGCUGUGUUCUACAAAGUACGGAAAUGGUGUUUACAGAAAUUACUAGGACAAAACCCAGAACCAUUUCGAUUAUUUCUUACUGGUGGAGCAGGUACAGGAAAAAGUCAUCUAAUUAAAGCAAUACAAUAUGAAUCUUGCAGACUAUUAUCUCAACUUUCUGAGAAUCCUGAUGACAUUACUGUACUUUUGACAGCUUCAACCGGAGUUGCUAGCUUUAACAUUGGAGGGGGAACUAUACAUAAUAAACUUUCAAUUGGUGCAAAUGUCCGACUGCCAUAUCAGCCUCUCAGCGAUGACAAAAUAAACUCGUUGCGUACAAAAUUGGGUACUUUGCAAAUUUUGAUUAUUGAUGAAGUGUCCAUGGUUGACCAUCGUCUUUUGUCAUACAUUCAUGGAAGGCUGCGACAAAUAAAACAAACUGGUGACUACUCUCUCUUUGGGAAAGUCAGUAUUCUUUGUGUUGGGGAUUUCUAUCAACUUCCUCCCGUAAAAGGAACUGCUCUCUAUGCUGAUACAAAGGGAGUGAACCUAUGGGAAAAUAACUUUGAACUUGCUGAAUUAACUAAAGUUGUUCGACAACAAGAUUCAAGUUUUGCUGAAAUGUUAAAUCGGCUCAGAGUACGUAAGAAAAAUGAAUGUCUUACCACCAAUGACAUUGGUAUGUUGAAAAAAUGUGAAUCAGGAGAGAAGUGUAAUGAUAUUCACAUAUUUGCUACAAACGCUGAAGUUGAUAAAUAUAACAUUGAAAGGCUACAUGAAUGUUGCCCAGAGGCAAUUAGUAUAAACGCUCAAGAUUACGUCAAAAACUCAAAAACUGGACGAAUGGAGCGUAAAGUUGGAUUUCAUGCAAAAGUUUUCAACUCAUCUUUGUCUAAAUGUGUUUCCCUGGGUAUUGGAGCAAGAGUUAUGCUGAAAAAAAAUAUUGAGGUUGCUGAUGGUCUUGUCAAUGGAGCGUUUGGCACAGUUGUCCACAUAAGUGAAAGUCAAAGCAAUGAUAAUGAUUUCCCAUCAGCUAUACACGUGGAGUUUGAUGAUCCAAAUGUCGGUAAAAUUCAGAGAUCAAAAACACGCCAUAGAUUUUCCCAAAAUUCAACAGUAAUUGAAGUACAAGAAGAUCAAGUCACAAAUGAUGGUGGUAUAAGGCGUCAGUUUCCUCUCAGAUUGGCAUGGGCAUGCACAGUUCAUAAAGUGCAAGGACUCACAGUAGACAGAGCUGUUGUAUCACUUAAGAAAAUCUUUACAGCAGGGCAAGCAUAUGUUGCAUUGAGCAGAGUAAGAUCUCUCAGUGGAUUAAUAAUUGAGGACUUUAAAGAGUCUGCCAUAUUUUGUAAUGAUAAAAUUGAGUUGGCUAUGAAAGAUAUGCCAAAAUUGUCUAUGGAAAAGGACAGUUUCACUGAAUCACUUGAAACCUGGCUAAAUGCUGAUGACAAAGCACAAGAACCACAAAUACCAGAAUUUGUGUUCAAGCACAAUCCAAGAGCUAAGUGUUAUGACUAUAUCAAACCUCAAGCGUAUAACUCGAAACUUGCUGGUUCAAGCUUAAGCCAGGUCAACAAACCCAUUAGCUCUGUGAUCUUCAUCAUUCCCAACGACACCACCUCAGUCUGCCGAUCUUCUGUCUUCACCUUGGCCCUCCAGUCCAGUGACAUUAUACUGGUUCUCCAGCAGUUUGGCAUCAUCUUG